CAUCAGCUCGUUACACCCGCGCCUGACGUACCACCAAUUACUACAGCAAACAACCUUUCGGCGAUUCCAUUUCCUCCCAAAAAAUCCUUCAAAAACCUUAAAGUAAUAAAUAUUUAAUUGAUCCAGAAAAUGUUGCGGGCAGCAGGUCUCGGGUCUCGAUCAAGUCUAGCAAGCUUAGCUGAGUUUCCUUGGCAACCGAACAUUGUGCGCUGCUAUGGUACUCCAGCAACGAAGAAGCCAGAUGUCCCAGUCAUCAAGAUCAACUCCAACCUCUCGCUACAGAGAGCGAACUCGGCUGGCACCAAAUCCCCUAAAGACCGCCCUCUUGUGUUACUGCUGAGCUGGCUUGCUGCGAAGCAACGCCAUCUUGAUAACUUUGCUGCGUUCUACUUGAGCAGAGGCUGCGAUGUUUUGACAGUUAAACUUCGUCCAAUGCAGCUUCUUCUGCCGACAGUUGGCACCCAAGUGAUCGCUAGAGAUGUCGUUAGCUUUCUUCAGAGUAAGGAGCAGCGAGACCGCCAAAUCCUAGUACACGGGUUCUCCGUCGGCGGUUAUCUCUACGGAGAGAUCAUCCAGAAGAUGCUGGCCUCGCAGACAGAGUCGCAUGAAAUCACCAGCCGCAUCAUCGGCCAGAUCUACGAUAGCCCCGUCGAUCUUCAGAAUAUUCCUGUCGGGAUUUCCAAGGCCUUAACCAAGAACCCCCUUGCCCAGCGCAGCAUGCAGACAAGUUUACAGAUGUACCUGAGAGUGAUGAACUCCGCAGCCACAAAGCACUACCACAAGAGCUCCUACACAUUCCACCACAACCCAGUCUCCGCCCCCUCCCUCUUCUUCUAUUCCCACACGGACCCGGUCGGCACGGCUGAGUCUAACGAGCGAGUCAUGUCGAGUUUGAAGACCAACAUGGGUUACGACAAUGUAUACAGCAAGGCGUUUGAGGAUUCCCCGCACGUGAGUCACAUGUAUAAACACCAGAAUGAGUAUAUGAGUACCUUGAAGGGCUUCUUGAGUCGGAUUCAGUAUUUCCGUGAGGCGGUCGUCGAGAACAAAGAGUUGGCUGAUUUCGUCGGAGAGGAAGGUAGGGAUGAUGAGGUAGAGGAAAAGAAAUGAAUCAAAGAUGGUAUUUAUUAUGGCUCGUUUCGGUAAAAUAUUGCCCAUGCUCAAGUGUAGUUUGUCGAGUAAGCAUUGCACAGAUUCAUGUACUCCAAAAUCCUUCCGCAAGGUAUUGCUUGAGUUAAAUUGAUUCGGUGCUGCAGACUACAUUCAAUCCAUGCUUGCAUGGGGUUAAGAAUAUUGCCCAAGACUUUCUUAAAGUUUACUACAAGUUGUUUGGUCCCUGUUUGGUCACACAUUUAGAUUGUAGUCUUUUUGGUCUUAAUGUUAGAGAGACGUCUUUAUGGGUCGUGAUAAAUUUAUUAAAAUUAGUUCGGUCGGGAAGGAAACUUGUUAUGAAGUUCAGCCAGUAUUACCAAAAUGCCAAGAAAAAUAUUUAUGUCUGAAAUACAGACCAGUGAUUAUGUAAAGAAAAAAAUACAUUGCUUAUUUUGAUUGUUAAUAUCGAAACAAAAUCCAUGAUAAAAAAAGCUAAACUUGCGCUCAAAUUUCAAGAAACUUUUAGAGGUUGUGUGAAAUGGGUAGGAUAUGAUGUACAUAGGCUCAAACAGUUGCCGCUAUCUUCAAGUUGGGUGUUGAGCUUAGCAUAAAGUUCAAUAUUUGUUAAGGUUGUGUCUUUACCCCGCAAAAAUUGUGUGUACAUGUAUGGACCAGUAGUUUUUUAAACAUAGGACUUAUUUACAAAGAAAGAAACUCGAUGGUUCGAAUCCCACCGAGUGAUAUCCCUGUAAUUUUGUUCACAGAACUCUGGAAAGUAUUGAGUAUUACAGUGCUUAUUAUGGGUAAAAACAAAAAUGAAUAUUCUUUAUACCUGAGGCAAAAUUAACUUAGAUCUCGGUAGUCUAGUUGGUAUGACACUGAUCUAGAAUUGAAAAGGUCGUGGGUUCGAAUCCCACCCGAGUAAUA